GUGGCGAGAGGUCUUGCUGGCAACCGGCUGAAGUGGUGCUUUGCAUGUGAGUGUCAGAGGGAAAAAGGCUGCUGAAACAGGAGCUGCUGAACGCUUGGAGGUCGGCCACGGUCACCUGCACAGAUUCUGACAUCCAGGAGUCAGAGCGAGAUCUCAAGGAAGAGGAGAUUAAGAAGGAGAAGAAGAAGAAGUCAGGACUGAGAGGGAGCAGGAUCCUGGUGCCGAGGCUGGUAUGAGAGAAGAAGGCUGUCCGACUGUCUGGGUGUGAGUGAACGCCCUCUAGUGGAGCUGCUGACCAGCUGUCCUGCAGAGCGCCUGUCUGUUUCCAACCAUCAGUGUUUUCAAGAGGUCUGUGGUCCAGCGUUGAGCAGAGAACAUGUGGUGUUUGGAGCUUCUUUUACCACUGCUGUUGUUCGUCAAAGAUGCCAGUUGCCAGUGGAACGUUUGGGUGCCUCGGGACAUCUCAGCCAUGACAAAUUCCUGCGUGGUCAUCCCGUGCACCUUCAUGUAUCCGUCGGGUAUCAGGCCGUACCGUGGCACUCACGGUAUCUGGUACUUUGGCCAGCCCUACCCUCAACUCUUCCCUCCUGUUGUCUUCAAAUCACGAACGGACGUCGUGCACGAGAGCUACAAAGGCCGCACGAAGCUGCUGGGCGACCUGCACCAGAGGAACUGCACUCUGCUCAUCAACAACAUCGGCACAGAGCACUCAGGGAGGUACUACUUUCGCGCCGACCUCGGUGGAGCCAACAUGUACACGUUUCCAGACUUCUCUGAACUCAAAGUUCUUGAUCAACCAAACAUUGACGUCCCAGAGGAGAUUGUCAGCGACGAGAGUCUGGAGCUGACAUGUUACGCUCCUGACAACUGCCCUGACAUGACACCUGAGAUCCAGUGGAUGUACACCGACUACCUGCCGGACCCGGAGUUCAGCUCUGACUACCUGGAGGAGAGCAACACAGCUGUGCUCUCUGGCACCCUCACCUUCACGCCAAGGCCCAUGCACAAUGGUCAGCUGCUGGGCUGCAGGGUCUACUACCCCAACACUACACUGGUCUACGAGAGGCUCAUCACUCUAGACAUCAAGUAUGCUCCACGCUCUGUUUGGGUAAACGUGUCCUCAGAGGUGAUGGAGGGCAGCUCUGUGAUGCUGCACUGUGAGGUGGACAGUAACCCUCCUCCCAGGAUCUCCUGGAUGUUUGGAGAUCAGGAGCUUCUGUGGGACACGGCAUCCAACAUCUCUCUCUCCCUGGACGAUCUGACGCCUGCACAGGAAGGAAUAUACACCUGCAUUGGAGACAAUGGCUACGGCAUCAUGAACACUUCACUGUACCUUUCUGUCAAGUACCCUCCACGCGAGCCUCAGGUAAAUGACUCCAUCACUGUACAAGAGGGAACCUCACUGGCCCUGCACUGUAGCACCCAGGGCAACCCAGCCCCCACCCUCACCUGGCUGAAAGAUGGAGAGCUGGUUGGCACCAUUACUGCUGACGAGCUGUCAGUUUUGGAGCUUGUGGAAAUCACACCCCAGGGAGAUGGACAGUACCGUUGCCUGGCAGAGAACGAGCAUGGAAGAGCAAGCAGCUCCAUGAACAUCACUGUAGAGUAUGCCCCGGUCCUUCUGGAGGAGUCAAAGUGCACAGUCGUCAGGGAGGGUGUCCAGUGUGUCUGUAUGGCCACAGGAAACCCUGAACCGACCAUUGAGUUCUACCUGCCCGACCUGAACAUCACAAUCAAUGAAACAGAUGGCCGGUACAACUUCUAUACACAUACAGAUGGACACACAUCCACUGGUAUGAUCAAGCUACGAGAGAAGGGUGAGCGGAUGGACAACGGCGGUCCUGCCGUCAACGUCCACUGCAGCAUCUUUAACAUGUACGGAAGAGAGAGUGUUCUUCUGGAGCUACAGCAGGAGAAAAAGUACAUGAUGGCAGUUAUUGUUGGCACAAUUGGAGGAGUGGCAGUCAUAGCCUUCAUCAUUGCAGCAGUGAGAUAUGUUGGCCACAACAACAAGAAAGAGAAUGGCAACCCUAGGCAGGACGUGGUCCUGGAGAACCCAGCUUUGUACUACAGCGCAGUCAAGAAGGACAAACAAAAUCUGAGGAAGAAAGUGCUUAAGACAGAGCUGUUGGGUUCAAAGUUUAACUCCAUUCUAGAGGAGACUACGGGAGAAGACGGGGAUUAUCAACCUGUGGGCUCUUUGGCAGGACUGGAGAGGCAAGAGCUGAAUUAUGCUGCUUUGGAGUUUAUUGGGGCCAGGCCCAGGGAGGGGGCCUCAGGGAGGGGGGAUGACGGCAGCAACUAUACGGAAAUCAAAGCCAAAUGAAUCGCGAUCCUUCCCUGAUCCCUCGGCUAUGCGAGACGCAGUGGCAGCCCCAACACAUCCUCUGCCCCAUAAACUGUUUAAUAACCCACCAUCCACUGUAUUUCCCCUGCAUAUGAUGACUCCUCAUUUCUCAUUUCUUUAGAUUUGUCACAUAUAUUUUACCAUGCCAGCAACCCCCCUCAUGCUGCCCCCCUCCAUGGGACACCCUAUCACAUGCCAUCAUUUGGAAAAAAAACAACUUUUUUUGGUCUGUGAAUGACCCACUGGACAAUAUAAAAAGAAAUGUUUAGCCUCAGUUGUCGUUCAUGAGCUCUUAAACAUCCAGUGUUACCCAGCAGCCAUGUUUUUGUUGCUUUCUCCAUGUUUUUAAUUGUGAUGGUUGAUGUAAUUGUCAAAUAGCUGAUGUCUAAGUUCUCAUAUCAGUUUCAGUAUUUGCUCUACAUCUGUCUGUUCUAACUGUCACUGUGUCUGCUGCCAGUCGAUGCAUCAGGGCAAGGAGUAACUGUGCUUUUGUUGUGUUAUAUUUAUGUUUGUCUAUCCACUGAGAGCAAACCUCUCUCUUUUUUGGUUAAUUCCAUCCGGGAAAGUUAACCGACUGAGGCAAACGAUGGCGACCAUCUCAGCAUCUUGUUCCCACAUAAUUAUGUUUAAUGUGUGCUGUGACUCAGUAGCCUCUCAUAAAAAAUGAGAAAAAAAGUCAACAUCACUUUUUAUAAUUGAAGAGGUUUUGUAAAUUUCUCUGGCACACUGCCCAGUUCUCAAGAAAACAUUACAGCUUCUUUCCAGCCUUUUCCACUGAGCUGCAGAAUGUGUUGAGAUUUUGGGGGGAAUUAUUCUGCACUUUGGCCGAAUGCAAAAUGUCUGUCUCGUUUUCUCUUCCUAAAAGUGUGGGGUCUUGCGGACAUAAGGAACAACAGAUUUGCAAGGGAGUGGCCAAAGUGUUAUCUCUUUUAGACAAUGUGUAUGUGUAUGUGUGUUCAAAUCGUGCUGAAAGAUUCAUAGGACACUGACCACUGGGGUCUUUGGGAAGCUCGAGCACCACUUCACUUGAGAAGUUGAAGCUUUUUUUGCCCCUUACAGGAUUGCAUCAGAUGUUUGAAUGACAAAAGGUGAUGCUGACUAGCUAGGUGGUUGUGCUACUCAAAGACAUGAUGAUGAACCUGAGAUGUAUUAUCAAAUACACUAAUCUUCUAACUUUAUAAUAAUGUUAUCAAUAAUAUAUAUUAAAAAGAUGUAUAUUGAUAGGGAAAGGGUUGUACAGUAAAUACGCUAAAAGUCUGUUUUGAUAGAAGGCAUCAAUGUAAGUAGUAAAUUAUGGAUAAAAGCCAGCGUGAGAAAUAAAAAGCCUUGUCCACUAUCGUUCAUAUUUUUGACUGAACACUGUCUUUAUGAGCUAAGUCAGUAGUACCAACCUUAUGUACUACAGUCAAAGGAGAAACGAGCCAACAUUGUGUAUAAUUAACAGAAUUUUCUAUGAGAAAACUUACACAGGCCUACAAAAGGUAAAGGUGAAGGAUUAGUACAACAAAAGCCUAGAACCAUGAUUUCUGAGUGUUACAAUACAGUUUUCGCUGCAUGUAAACAAAGCCAGAGUCAGCUGUUCUGGCUCACAUUUGCCUCGUGUUGAGACAGAGUUUUGUCGACUAAAUGAUGGAUAUACUGGAUAUUAUUCCUGAAUAAGCGUUCCAAGUGGGGUUUGUUUUUUAUUCCAUUUUUAUUUAAGUAGAAAAAUCAAAUCUAUCUUACCUAAUAUUUUGUGUUGUAAAGCAAACUGUAAGCCCUUUACUUUGUGGUGUUCAUAAUUAUUAUGUAGAUUUUUUUUUUUUUCAUAUAUGAUUGACACAAUAAUUCCGAUCAGGGUUUUGCAAUCUCUCUGCAAAUAAGCACCAUAACUUAAUGAAAUUAGGAAUUCUGCAAUGAUGUUUGCUUGCUCUUUUAUUUUACACAAGUCUGUCAUGCUUCAAGCAAAUUCCUCUGUCUUCGGUUCAAUGCAAACAUAAAUAAAAUCAAAACAACA